UGCAUGAUACGAAUUGAAUUUGUAUAAUUAAUUAUUUCGAUAAUUAUGAAUAUUGAAAAUUCCACCGAAAUCGAUGCAGUGCUUAACAAAUAAGGUAAAAGGAUUUCAGAUCCAAGUCUCCGCGUCUUCCUCCCUUCCCUAUCGGAGAUUUAGGCCUUACCAACGUAGACUUCCGGACAACUCCUCCGGCGCUUCUUUUCCCCUUGGUGGAUGGAGGCUAUCAGGAAGCAGGCUUCCAAAUUCAGGGAGCAGGUAGCCCGACAGCAGCAGGCAGUUUUCAAGCAAUUUGGAGGUUCUGCAUAUGGAAAUUCUGAUAAUGCAUUUGCAGAUUCAGCAGCAUAUCAGCAGCAUCAUAAAUUAGAAAAGCUUCAUUCAUCAACCCGUGCUGCUAAGCAUUUUCAAAGGGAUAUAGUGCGUGGUGUGGAAGGUUAUAUUGUUACUGGAUCCAAACAAGUUGAAAUAGGCAAUAAAUUGUCUGAAGAUAGUCGAAAAUAUGGUGCCGAAAACACCUGUACUAGUGGGAAUACACUAUCAAAAGCUGCUUUAUGUUAUGCUAGAGCUCGUGCUCAAAUGGAAAAUGAGCGGGGCAAUCUAUUGAAAGCUCUUGGUACCCAGGUUGCAGAGCCAUUAAGAGCCAUGGUAAUGGGUGCUCCCUUGGAAGAUGCUCGACAUCUUGCCCAAAGAUAUGAUAGGAUGCGCCAAGAAGCUGAAGCUCAGGCAAUUGAAGUUUCAAGACGCCAAAUUAAAGUAAGAGAAAGUGCAGCUGGUGGUGAUUACAUUUCAAAGUUAGAAGCUGCUGAGGCUAAAUUGCAAGAACUAAAAUCUAAUAUGGUAGUUCUAGGUAAGGAAGCAGUUGCAGCAAUGACUGCAGUUGAAGCCCAACAACAAAGGUUAACCUUACAGCGGCUUAUUGCCAUGGUUGAGUCAGAGCAUACUUACCAUCAGAAAAUCCUACAAAUUCUUGAACAACUUGAAGCAGAGAUGCUGUCAGAGCGCCAAAGAAUUGAAGCAUCUCCGAGUCCUGCUGCAGAAAACUAUAUGCCGCCUCCACCAUCAUAUGAAGAAGUCAAUGACAUUUUUGUCGACUCUACUACUGAUGUAUCAACUGAAAAUGUGCAAUUCUUUUUAGCUGAGGUUAUACAAUCAUACUUAGCUGAGACAGAAGUGGAGCUUAACUUGUCUGUUGGUGACUAUGUAGUUGUGCGUAAGAUUUCAAAUAAUGGUUGGGCAGAAGGUGAAUGCAAAGGAAAAGCUGGUUGGUUCCCUUUUGCGUAUAUGGAAAGACGGGAGCGAGUGCUUGCAAGUAAGGUUGUUCCGAACCUAUAGAUAUCAAUGUUUCAUUAGAUGCCGACCUCGUGCAGUGAUGUUUGCAUCCAUAAGCUGAAAACAUAUUGGGUUUGCAUCUACUCUUGAUCCCCCCUCCUUUCCUUUUUUCUUGCAUGUUCUGUCUAUAUAUAUGGCUAUUUUUUGUAAGCCUGACACAUGAUCGUAUCUUGUUUAUGUCCGAUCUAAUUAAUCUAGAUACUAUAUUAUUGUGAAUCCACAGUUUCUACAGUCAUAAUGGUCAGCAUAUCAAACAAGUUAUUGUCUCUAGAAAUAACUUGCGGAUAUUGAAACAUAGUUAUUCCUUUUCCGUA